AUGGGGAACACGUCAUCCUUAACUGCUCCACUCACCAGCGAAUCCACGUUGCGACCUGAACUUCUACCAUACGAGCAUUUCUGGGUGCUUCUCCAACCAUAUUUGCUGGAACAGGGAUACAAACUACGACCACGGUAUGACCCGCGCUGGAAGCCAUCGUGGAAGCGUCGUGCAUGGUUUAGAAGUCACUUUACUCCCGAGGACAAGCUGGCGAUUCGGAAGCCCGAUGUGAUAGAUGCUAUCCGAAUACGAGAUAACACUGCUGUUGUACUGAAGGUUGUGGAAAGAUUUGGUGACGAGCUCCGAAUCAUCCAGUACCUGAACUCAGAGCCCCUGCGAGCUGACCCUCGCAAUCACACUGUCCCGCUACUCGAUGUUGUUGCUUUACCAAACUAUAGCGAUCGUGUCAUCAUAGUAAUGCCAAUGCUUACUGGAUUCUGCAGCUUACCUUUCCGUUAUGUGAGUGAAGUUAUGGAGGCUCUUGACCAAUUUCUUGAGGGAUUGGCAUUUAUGCAUGAUAACGGCGUGAUACACAGGGAUGCCUGCCGCUUGAAUCUCAUGAUGGACACUACCAAGAUAAUACCGGGGGGCUUUCACUUUCUCUGGCGAAUCGUAGAACUCGAUGGCAAAACCCCCAUCCAGUGGCACGACCGCCGUUCCGUUUCCCCGGUCUCCUACUAUUUUAUCGACUUUGGCCUCUCUUUGCUUGUAUCAAAGGAUGAGGAUUACGUCCCAGGCUAUGGGUGGGUUGGGCAAGACCGUACUGUUCCAGAAUGCUUCAGCGGUGCUCCGUACAACACUUAUCAUCUUGACGUGUAUCAAUUGGGCAACAUCAUUCGCCAAUUAUGUCAAGCAUAUCCUGGGCUUGCAUUUCUCAUACCCCUCGGCGAGGCAAUGACCCACCAAAAGCCAACAGAAAGACCUGGUGCUGGACAAGCAUCCCAACUCCUCAGAUAUAUUUUGUCCAAGUUGUCCAAAGAUCAGUUGGCCCAACGCAUCUGGCAUCGGGAUGUCACAGCGGAAGAGCGCCAGAUGGUCGAAGAUAAAGGGGUCAACCCAAUGAUGUGUGCAAGCGGUAUAUAG